AUACAAAGUCAUUCUACUAAUAUAUUGUAGCACAAAACCAACCUAGAGAUUACGCAGCUUGUAGUUAGUGGAAAUCUCUAUUCAAUAUUCAAAUAAAAAAAGAGAAAGAAAAGAAGAAGAAAUGGAAGACGAAAACAAUAAAGUUACACUACAUGGAAUGUGGAUAAGCACUUAUGCGAAGAAAGUGGAAUUGGCUCUCAAAAUCAAAGGCAUAACAUUUGAUUAUGUGGAAGAAGAUUUGAGCAACAAAAGUUCUUUGCUUCUCCAAUAUAAUCCCAUAUAUAAGAAGGUUCCAGUACUGCUGCAUCGUGGUAAGCCUGUUUCCGAAUCACUAGUAAUUCUUGAAUACAUCGAUGAAACGUGGAAGAACGAGCGGCGAUUCUUACCAGAAGAUCCCUAUGAAAGAGCAACAGUUCGUUUCUGGGCUACUUACUGCCUUCAGAUGUCAGACACCAUGAAGAAAGCAUUCAUUUCAGACAAAGAUGUUGAAGAAGGAGCAUUUGAUGAAUUCUUUGAGAAACUAAAAGUGAUGGAAGAAGGAAUGAAGGAUUUCUUCCCUGGGGGACGGUCUAUAAUCUGUGCUGACAAUUUAAGGCUUUUAGAUAUAAUAAUUGUGUGUUCACUUGGAACAUAUAAGGCAGCAGAAGAAGUACUUGGAAUGAAAAUUUUGGACCCUGAAAAGUAUCCAUUUGUAUACUCAUGGGUGAACACUCUGCUUGAACUGCCUCUUGUGAAAGAAACUCUGCCUCAACAUGACAAGGUCGUUUCAAGACUUGAAUUCAUUAAGCAAAAUGGCUUCACGUUUCAAUCCCAUAUUUCAUGAAAUUGUAACGGAGGAAGUAACGCGACAAGCUAUUGCCAUGCGGCAAAGAGGUUACAAGUUCAAAAUGUGGAAAUAGCCUCAUGUAGAAAUGCAUGUAAUGUUACGUAUAAUAGAUCCUGGUGAUCACGUCUUCCUUGGAUCCGUGCAUAGCGGAAGCUUUAGUGCACCAGCUAGGCUUUUUUUUUUUUUAGUUUUAAUGGAAGAUGUACUUACGGUUUGUCUAUAUGAUGAAUAAUUAAGUUUGCUUCUUGAUGUAAUUAUUAACUCAA